AUGGCGCUGGUGGAGGACCCGGGCGAUAUGGAGAUGCGCAUCGACGACGCUACCGUCCAGCUCAGCACCCACCGUCUGACGACGCCCUUCCCUGAAUCAGUCAUAUCUAUCACCCGCACCUCAUCACCGAACACAUCCAAGGAGCAUCCUUCAUCACCAGAGUUCACCCCGCGAGAGCUCAUCGAGCAGGCAAAGGCCCGGAGAGAGCGCCAGAACGCCCGCGAUUCCAGAUGGGUUGAGCGCGAAAAGGCGAAUCGUAGCAAGAGCCCCAUCGCGCCCAAGAGAGCAUCGACGGGCGGCAUCGAGAAGAAGAGAUCCAGCGGCAAAUGGAAAGCUAGAGCCACCGAUGCCAGGCUCUCAUCGGAGCUCGAUCGCCUCCUCGUCGGCGACAGCGGCUCAUCUUCGCCAACCAGAGCCGCGGACCGUCAUCCACACCCGCUCCGUGCCGUGCUCCACAGCUUGCCCGGCUUCACCUUCGACACUGAGCUCGACUCCAUCAAGUUCCAUAAGAGACAGCGCGUAGCGCUCGGGAUUGAGGACCUCAUGGCAGAGGGUGGCAAAGACGCCGCCAAGGUGUGGCUCGAGGAGUUUCUUCUCCUGACGUUCGAGACGAAGGCGAAGGUGCUGGAGCGCUAUCCCAUGUGCAAGGAGCUGGACGAUGUCCCGCUGGGCUUCACAACAAUGGCGAAAGACGUGGAGACAACUAUCAACAGACUAGCGUACGACUCGGCACUCAAGGUCCGCCGGGCUAUGGAGCGGCGGCUCUGUCAGCCGUACGACAUGCGCAAGCUGGUCGAGUGGACCAUCAAAGCACGCUGGCGCUUCAUCGAAACGAAGCCCAAGAUAGUGCCUGGCUUUGGGGCGUUUGGUCAGAUGUGCAGCGAAGAAGGAACGCCUCUGGAGAAGCGUCUGUGGGCAGUGAUUGAUGCUAGAGGAAUUGGCAUGCCUAGAUCGCAUGCCGGUUGA